AUGCCUUUAAUACUCCUGAGAGCCGCCGACACCAUGGCAUCGUUAGCUGGAUUAGCAUUCGGCGUCCUCGUAGCAUGGUUUGCUUCCUACGUCAUAUACCAGAGAUACCUCCACCCGUUGGCCGCUUUCCCCAGUCCGUUUCUCGCGUCACUCACGGAUCUGUGGCAGGUCCAGCAAGUUCUCUCCCUGAAGGAACCGUACAAUUUGACCGAUCUCCAUGCCAAGUAUGGAGAGUUCGUACGUUACGGGCCCGACAAACUCAGCGUCACGGCCGAAGACGCCGUUCCUCUGGUCUACGUGAAGGGUGGGCGGAAGCUGCCCAAGACAAAGUACUACGAGGCGUUUGGCUCCCAUGUUCCAAACGUCUUUUCGAUGAGAGAUGUCGAUCUCCACUCUGUCCGCCGACGACACAUGUCCAACAGCUUCUCGCUCUCCAGCGCAAAGGGGAUGGAGCGCUAUCUCGACGAAAACAUCAGGAUCCUCCGUGGCAAGAUUGCAAAGUACGCCAAGGAGGGAAAGGCAUUUGACCUCAGAAAACUGGUGCAGUUCUACGUUGUUGACGUCCUGGGCGAAUUGGCGUUCAGCCGCUCUUUCGGGGUCCAGAUUUCAGGCGACGAAUCGCUUGUUCCCCCGGUCUUCCAGCACACGUUGCUCGGCACGACGGUCGGGUCGUGGCCUGCAAUGCUGCACACGCUCAAGAAAUGGCUCCCCAAGGUCCCGCACAAGGGAUUACAGGCUCUCAUUGCGGGGAGAAUGAAAUGUGUGCGGCUGGCGUCUGAGUGUGUCCAGCGACGGGUCGACGAGGUGGAGAAGGAGGGUGCUGGCGGAAAAGGCCGGAGGACGGACCUCUUGACGACGCUGAUCCUCGCGAGACACCCUGAUACCGGGGAGAAGCUGAAGAGGGUCGAACUCGAGACGGAAGCUUUUGGGUUCAUUAUCGCGGGGACGCACACGACGAGCGCAACGAUAAACUUGUUGUUUUGGAACUUGCUGCAUAACCCCGAACAUCUACAGAAAUGCGUUUUAGAAAUCGACGAGAAGCUGGACCCGUUGGGCGACGACAAGGAAGCUUAUUCGAUCACGGAAGCUGAAGGCUCUCUGCCUUUUCUCCGGGCGUGUAUGAGGGAGAAUUUCCGUAUCACGCCCGUAUUCACGAUGCCGUUGCCACGUCGUGUGGCGGCUCCGGAGGGGAUCACCAUUGCGGGACGCCAUAUCAAGCAAGGUACGUCAGUUGCAGUCUGCAACCACGCCUUCCACCAUAACCCGGCAGUUUGGGGCGAUGAUCACGACACAUUCGACCCCUUUCGGUGGGAGGAGGCGGAAACGGCAGAGCGCGCGCGGUAUCUGAUGCAUUUCGGCCUGGGCAGUCGGCAGUGCCUCGGCAAAACGAUGGCGCAGAGCAACAUUUACAAGGUUACAAGUACGCUGCUUCGCGAGUUUGAGUUUCAGCUUGCGGAUCCGAAAGAAAGGGAGGAAGUGUCUGAGGGGAAGUUUAAGGGGGUGCUGCCAGAGUUGAUUAGUGUGGGUGUGAGUGCUCUGAGGGAUCCAUUGAUGGUGGUUGCGAAAAUCAGGGACACUGCCUAG